UCCCUACCAUCAUCCUCAUCAUCCUCAUCCUCAUCAUCCUCAUCUCCACCAUCAUCAUCCCCACCAUCCCCUUCAUUAUCCCUAUCACCUUCAUCAUCAUCGCCACCACCGUCGGCUUCUUCAUCCCUACCAUCAUCCUCAUCAUCCUCAUCCUCAUCA